CUGGUACGCGCGCCCGUGCACGCAGCUGGCGCGAGGAGCUCCGAGUCGAUAAGAGAGAGGACUUUAAAUCUCGGCGAUCACACGCACCGCGUUGCUUUCCGGUGGCGCGAAAGAGGAGGCGGGAGACCGUACGCACGCGGUCGGAUUUUGAACGCUCGUGUCUCGUGUCUUGUUGUUGUCGUUGUUUUUUGGUUGCUGUGUGGUGCGGGUGUUUCUUUUGUUUUUGUUUUGAAGACGGAACACAGUUGAGUUGGUGUGCGCCGCGUGCUCCGUGGAUGGGGCCCGCGCGCCGCCGCGCUCCGCUCCGCCAAGCGGGCCGAUGGUAGCGCGCGACUCGCGCCGCACGGGACCAUGGUCGAGAGGAGCGGCAAGUUCCUGUUCGCCGUCGUCGGCUCGGCGCUGUUUAUGCUCAUCCUCUAUCAGUACGCGGCACCCGGCGCCGUGACGUCCAACUUCGGCUUGCCGCGCGCCUAUGCGCCCGAGGACGACGACGCCGACGCGUUCCCCACGCCCGACCCGCACUACGUCAAGAAGUACUACUUCCCCGCACGCGACCUGGAGCGCGCCGUCGACUUUCAGAUCAAGGGCGACGACGUGCUUGUGUUCCUGCACAUCCAGAAGACUGGCGGCACUACCUUCGGACGUCACCUCGUCCAGAACGUGCGUCUCGAGCUGCCCUGCGACUGCCGACCCGGCCAGAAGAAGUGCACGUGCUACCGGCCAAACCGCAAGGAGACCUGGCUGUUCUCGCGCUUCUCCACGGGCUGGAGCUGCGGACUGCACGCCGACUGGACCGAGCUCACCAACUGCGUGCCGGGGGUUAUCAAUAAGAAGGAGAGCAAACUGAAAAGCCAAAGGAAGUUCUACUACAUCACCCUACUGAGGGACCCUGUGUCACGCUACCUCAGCGAGUGGCGACAUGUCCAGCGGGGGGCCACCUGGAAGACAUCAUUGCACAUGUGUGAUGGACGCACGCCGACCCCAGAGGAGCUUCCGCCCUGCUAUGAAGGCACAGACUGGUCGGGCUGUACCUUACAGCAGUUUAUGGAGUGCCCCUACAACCUGGCCAACAACCGGCAAGUGCGCAUGCUGGCUGACCUCAGCCUUGUGGGCUGCUACAACAUGUCAUUCAUUCCGGAGAAGAAGCGUGCUCAGAUCCUGCUGGAAUCGGCCAAGAAGAACCUGCGUGACAUGGCUUUCUUCGGUUUGACUGAGUUUCAACGUAAAACACAGUACCUUUUCGAGCGCACCUUCCAUCUCAAGUUCAUUCGACCAUUUGUGCAGUAUAACAGCACACGUGCAGCCGGUGUUGACCUGGACAACGACACCAUUCAGCGCAUCGAGGAGCUUAACGAGCUGGAUGUUCAGCUCUACGACUAUGCACGUGACCUUUUCCAGCAGCGUUAUAUGUAUAAAAGGCAGUUGGAAAGGCGUGAACAGAGGCUUAAGAACCUUCGACGCUCAUCUGGCUCUAUAGCUUCGCCCAUGUCCCGUGAUGAGGCGGGUGACUCGGAAUCCUCACGAUUGUCCACAGAAGACUACAUGAACCAUAUUAUUAAUCGCUGGUAGCAGGAUUGAAGGAAAAUGAGAUGUGGAACUUGGACAAACGAGAAAGGUGGUGCCGACCUAUGUUUCGGUAACCGGUACUCUCAACCCCCUAGUCUGUGAGUUACCAGAUCUUACCAGGAAGACUUGACAUCAAGCAAGCUCUUUCUGCCUCGAUCAUGCCUAGAAUGAUGUGGCUAAAGACCUUAAAGACUUGAAGCAUUAAGCCCACUUCAGAAUUUCUUCAAGACUACAAGGAUUCUGUGCAAGGAAUACCUUAAGAGAAUGAUCAAGGAACACUGUAUAGUUAUUUGCCUAAAUGUCUGCUGCCAUUUUAGCCAUGGUUUUAAAACAGUGAUGUUCCAUAUCAUAGUUUGGAUGUUUUGUUUUUCUUUUCAGGGUUCUUUUAAAUGAUUUUUUCCCACCUCCUACAAGAGGUGUUUUUAAAGCACUGAGACCAACUAUGCUGCCUAAUGUCUAUUGUAUGCAAUUUUUCAGCUUUGUUUAGUCAUCAUUCAAAAAGAAAUGAGAAGUUGAGAAGAAUUUUUUAUUUUAUUUUGUUUUUAUUAUUUUAUUAUGUUCAUUUUAUGACCAGAUGUGUGUGGACCAUAGCCAUUAUUUAAAUGUACAGCAUACUGUAUGGACUUAAGUUAGCUGAAAGGUGAAGGUGAAAGCUAAAUCUGCACAUCCAGGUUGUCAAAUAUCUUGUAUAAUCUUAUAUCAACCAAGAAAAAGUGGAUUUAACCAGCACAGCCCCAAGUGUUACCCUGUGUUCACACUGGCCACAGCAUGCAAAGCAGCAGGAAGUCAUGCAUUUUCAGUGACAGAUAAGCAAUUAGAGUUGCAAGAGGCAAAGAAAUGAUUUGCGACUCAGAAUGGGGCAAUCAAUGCAAAAAAAAAAAAGAGUUGAGUUCUGCAAAAAAGGAAGCGAAGCAUUUUUCAACUACCAAUGGGAGUAGGAGAUCCGGGUAUACUUGCCCCACAGUUUUCCAUGUUUUUUGGUUCCAGAUUUUUCUCCUGAACCAACCGGUGACACUCACUGUGCUGAGCUUCAGAUGUAUCAUAUGUCUCCACAGAAUUCUAAAAUAGUUCAUGCUGAAAAGGUUUAUCAGUGUUUGCAAGGAGAGAACAUUGGUUGACUUUUGUUAUUCUAAAACAAGUCAAGUGUGCACUGCAUGGAUGCCAUUUAUACACAAGCAUCUUUGAUUCAAUUUUAUUUGUAUAGCACUUUUAACAAUAGCAGCUUUACAGAAAUCCAGAUGCAGCUCUAGAUCCCUAGACAGCAUGCCAAAGGCAAUGCGAAAACUUCCCAAGAUGACAUGAGAAAGCCUAGGAUUAAGGACUUAAAAUGAAACCCAUACUCUUAUGGGUGACUGGUGCAGUUCUAAAUUAUUACACUAUACAGCUAGAGGAAGUGUUAAGACAAAGAAUUCAGUUUAUUUGUAUAGCACUUUUAGCAAUGGACAUUGUCUCAAAGCAGCUUUACAGAAUCAUAGAAACAUAGGAAGAAUUCUAAAGUUUUAAUUUACUAUUUAUCCCUAACAUUUAUCCCUAAUGGGCAAGCCUGAGGCGAUGGUGGCGAGGAAAAACUCCCUGAGAUGACGUGAGGAGAAAACCUUAAGAGGAUCCAGGCUCAGAAGGGAACCUCAUCCUCAUUUAGGUGACACCGAACAGUAAAUAAUGUAAACGUUGAUAAAGUCCUUUCUACAACAGCAACCAAGAGCUCUUGAAAUCAGUGCUAAGUGUUUGGACAGGAUUCUGAUAGUCCUGGGAUGAGCUUCAUCUGACACAGAUUCAGAUUCUUUUCUUAUUUGCCCUCAGAUGGGUGGUUUAGUAUACGUUAUCCCUUUGUACAGUCAUAGUGCACACUAGCCAGGGAAACCAUAAUAAAUGUCAGUAACUCAGGAUGUGAACGCCUACUAACGACCAAUAUACAACUUGAGCAGUGGACAGUGUGAAUGCAGGGUUAAAUCCUACCUACACUUGAUACCUACACAAGAGACAUCUUAACUUAAAAGGGAAUCUAUGCUUUAUUUGAUUUUUACCCUUUGAUAGGUUCCACAUGGCAGGAUCGAAAGGGAACGGAAUUUCAAUGCCUCUUCUUAGGCUUUAUGGUAGCAUUGCCGAUUGAGUCAGGAAAAAAAAAAAGCUUCAGAUCACACUGUAAAAGCAGACAUACUCAUCAGUUGCUCUCAGUUUCCCUUCACUACGCAUUUUUGUAUGGGGAAGAGUAUGGAUGUGUCUAUUAUUUAUACAUUCUAUAUAGUGUGAAUGUGCACAUCAUGUGCAUUUUUAUUUGUGUGUGUGUGUGUGUGUGUGUGUGUGUUAUGAUGUCUUGCCAUGAUCUGCAGGGACUGAAGCAGAAGUCAGUAUCACAACCCUUUGCUAAAUGCUCUCAUUCCAUCAACAAUUGCACUUGACAACUAAACCCAAGCAAGCCUGAGGAAUAAAGUGGUGACAUUAGGAAAUGUGAGCUGGAACAAUGGAUAUCUGGCAGAAGAAACAAUUAUAUGUCUGUUCAUUCACUCGGACUACAAAAAAAACAAAACAAAAAAACAAGAAACUACUGUUUUGGUGAGUGCGAAAUGCAUAUGUAACCAAAUGCAAAAUACUACAAAAGAAGCUUGGCGUGAAGUUCUCUCAAGGUUGCCUUUUCUAUAAAGUCAAUUCAAUGAUAUGUCCUUUUCUUUCAAUGUCUGGCAACCCAUAGUGAGAAAUCUGGUGGUCAAAGCCCAUAUAUCUAUGUAUAACAAGUAAGCUACUUACAGAUCGUCUACAAUGACCCCUACGAUGGCCCUGAAUGUUGUCUCCAGUUUGUUUGUCCAUCACAUUCCAAUUGCUCCAAUUUUUGGUUCUUAGCAUUGCACAAAUGUAUCACUGAAAGCCACAAAUAAAAGAAAUUUCAUUUUUUAGAUAUGAA